AUGCUAUCGAGCUCCAUCAAACUUAGGAACUCCACAAAUGUUCGCAACCGCAUAGCGGCUUGUUGGAAUAGCACGGCGGCCCAGGUGGCGCGCAAAGUUCAUCCCAUCGCUCAGCUCAACAUCAAUCUCAGCAACGAGCUCAAGAAUCAGCACAAUGCCUCAGCAGCCUUCAACCUGCUCAAAAAUGAAGUAUAUGAAGUUUCUCAGAAUCUCAAUGACUCCCGCUUCACAUUGCAAAAAUCUUUUGGACUCAAUUCCGUACUAAAACAGCUUCUUCAAGCGUCAAGAGCCGAACUAAGUACCACGGGAAGCUCUACAGACUCUUCUGCAUCGCUACCUCCAAACCCAUACGAAAUAUUGACACUUUUAUGCCAAUAUGGACUAGCUCGCGAUUUGCAUUUCCAGGUGGUCUUCGAGUACCUGGUAGCGUCAAAUGCCCCUCAAGAUAUUCUGGGAUUGUGGGUCAAAUAUCUGGAAACUUUGGCCGAAAACCCCCGCACUAUAACAUACGGGUCCCAUCACGAGAACAAUUUGGCCCUAGCAUCGAUCGGCUAUCUCAUGAUUCCGAAUAACAUACCGCGUCUGUCGGAAUUGACUCAAAUCCUGAAUAUAGGUGAUACACCCGAGAAAAUGCAGAUGUCUCGACUCAGGUAUUUGCUUGAUACAACCAGAAUGGACUCUUCCGUGCGCAAGAGCGCCAAAGAAAAUUAUCUACGUCUUUUGCUUGAUUUUACCCAGACCUGUGGCCCCGAAUUCAACAAACAACUCAAAGAGCUUGAAUUAGUUCAGGACGUUCAGAGCUUGUUUCAAAGUCUUUCCUCUGCUUCAAAGCUAUUAGAGCAGCCCUUGCGCAGUGACAUUAUCUCUGCCUUUAUGAUCAAAUUCACUGAACUGAAAAAACCCCAGCAAGCUCUCCAGUGUUUUAACUUGAGUAAACAAUCCGGCACACUUGAUGAAGCUGUCAAAAACUCUUUACUUGUUGUUAUUGCCAACAUUCCGGUAUACGGUAAAGAUGUUCGCGAACAAAAGGCGAAACGCAUAGAAGCAGUCUGGAACACAUACUUUGCCAAUGCAUCCGAUUCAAUCAAAGUGGAUUCGUACGUCGCUCUGGUCAGAGCGCUUGGAGAGAGUAGAAACUUCAACCAAUUGCAACAGCUCUGGAUCAAUGAAAUCCCAUCUGCGUUGAAAACGGAACAAAAACUAACCGAGGAGUAUCUUUUAUUCCAGUCCUUCAGAAAAGACUUCACCCUUGAGGGCAUAGCGGGCCAAUUACCAGAAAAAUUGGCUUCUAUUGAACUCGCCAAUCAAGUUCUUCGUAAGACGCUCGAGGAGAAAUUGCCCGAAGCAGCGUUCGACAAAUUCUACCGCGAACAGUUCACUGAUCCGGGUGCCCUUUUGAAAGCCAAUAGUACAACUUUGGCGCUAAGGAUGUACGCAAACUACCUAUUCACCAAAGAUCAAGAAUUUCAGUUCUACAAGAGCAUUUCCAAAAGCAAAAAUGACGUCAACACGACUACCGAUAUAUUCAAACGAUUCACUGAUAUCUGCCCUGACAUUGAGAUCGUGCGGAAAGCGUUCGAAGAAAUCAAGCUGCCGCUUGGGGCCAAAAAGUACGGGUUUAUGAUAGCCGCAGAGUCGAAAGCAGGGAAUAUCGAAGCUUGCGAGGAAAUCUUCAAAGCUUUUGUUCAGGAAACUCGGGAUGUGACCACCAUAACCAGAUCCAUUUUGGACCCCAUCAUCGACGCAGUAUGUGAGCAGAGUAUGAAGGACAAAACAACCGCGUACCUCGAAAAACUUCUUGUCUAUGCCACGUUUGCCAAAAAGGCACAGAAGUCAUUAACGUUUUACGCGGCUUCGAGGAUUACUCACACGGUGGCUGAACUAUCAAGGUUCCAAAAAAGUGGGUUUAAUGCCAAAGAGAGUGAAUCUGUGGCCAAGUUAUUGGAAGAUGUGUAUGGCGUGAGAAACUUCAAGCCAGCCAAAAGAGAUCUUGACGUUCUUACUCAAAAUAAGAUUCCUUUGCCCAAGGCCUCAUCCAAAUAA